CCGCGCGUCGGCAAGAUGGCGCUGCGUGUGCUGCAGAGGGCGGCGCGUGGAGCGGCGGCGGUGCUGCCCAGGCUGAGCAUACUACAGGCCUGGGGACCAAAGGGAUGGCACGCUGGACCCCUGGACAGCAGAUUCAAGAUUUUUGGAAAAGCUUUGAUCCUCAACAAGAAGGUGGCACUGGCUGCCCCUGGCCCCCGACGGGGCGAACACAGCGCCAACCCCCAGCCCAGGUACGUGCCCCGGAGGGCGGUGCUCUACGUGCCGGGCAACGAUGAGCAGAAAAUCCGGAAGAUCCCGAUGCUGAGCGUGGACUGCGCGGUGUUGGACUGCGAGGACGGGGUGGCCCUGAGCAAGAAGAACGAAGCUCGACUGAGGAUUGUGCAAACCCUCGAAGGCUUUGAUCUGGGCCCGACAGAGAAGUGCGUGCGUAUCAACUCCGUGUCCAGCGGCCUUGCCGAGGAAGACCUGGCAGCCCUCCUGCAGUCCCGGGUCCUUCCUUCCAGCCUGAUGCUGCCCAAGGUCGAAGGCCCUGAAGAAAUCCAGUGGUUUUCAGACAAAUUUGCCUUCUACUUAAAAGGCCGAAAACUUGAACAGCCAAUGAAUUUAAUCCCUUUUGUGGAAACUGCCCUGGGUUUGCUCAAUUUUAAGGCCGUGUGUGAAGAGGCACAAAAGGCCGGGCCUUCCGUGGGUCUCUGUCUGGAUGCCGUGGUCUUUGGAGGAGAAGACUUCCGAGCCAGCAUAGGUGCAACAAGUAGCAAAGACACACAAGAUAUUCUCUACGCCCGGCAGAAGAUCGUGGUUACCGCCAAGGCCUUUGGUCUGCAGGCCAUCGACCUGGUGUUCAUCGACUUCCAGGACACAGAAGGGCUCCGCAGGCAGGCAAGAGAAGGCGCGGCCAUGGGAUUUACGGGUAAGCAGGUGAUACACCCGAACCAAAUUGCUGUGGUCCAGGACCAGUUCACUCCAUCCCCUGAAAAAAUCAAGUGGGCUGAGGAACUAAUCGCAGCCUUUAAAGACCAUCAACAAUUAGGAAAGGGAGCCUUUACUUUCCGAGGGAGUAUGAUCGACAUGCCAUUAUUGAAGCAAGCCCAGAACAUUGUCACACUCGCUGCAUCCGUCAAGGAGAAAUGAUCCGCCCGCCUGCCUCCUACGCCGGUGCUGCAUCGCCUCUGUGGCCCUUGUGCUGUGCUGUGCUGUGCCUCCCACCCUCUUCCUUAUCCUCCAGGAAGCCUGCGAGGUGAAGCUUAGAUGCCUUGGGAGACACGCAGUGCCAACCCACCCACCUCGUCCCCACCACCAUCAGCACCCCCCACCAGAAAGCUCAUCUGACCACAGCAACAAGUUCCCAAGAAAACACACCCUCAAGACACCAGUGAAUAUUCCGGAACAGGGGAUCCGGGGAGGCAGCUGCUAACUGAGGUGGGAGCAGCAAAGUUAGUCCUGUCCUCUGCACCCCCUGCGCCGGUAGUGCUUCUCGUCUCAUCUGUGUGCCCACUCCAGACCUCCAUCCCAUGCUGCCCCAGAAUUUGCCAGGACAGGGGUGGGAGACAGCCAGCCCCUUCCUCACUAGGCAGAGUCUGGGAGAGGGACUGGCCUCCAGUCACAAAGACCUUCAGGACCUUGGACAGGGACUGGGUGGAGGGACAGGGGGAGCAACCCCCCCCAAGUCCCCUGUGCCCCUAGCUGUCAGGUGGGACAUCCCCACCCCAAGCCUGCUGUAGGACUCAGAGACUUACGGGGAGCUGCUGCUCAAAAGGCAGAAGGCUAAGGAGGCCCCGCUUCCUCCCCCCCUCUGCCCUGUGUUAGGGGAAGCACAGGCAGAGCCCCGCAGAAGCUAAGGAAGGAAACAGAAAUUGUCUGCAGGGAGUUGGGCGGUAGCGCAGCGGGUUAAGCCCACAGCUGACUCCUGGCCUUUCGCCUUGAGUCAGGGCUUCUCUGGCGGUUCAAGAAUGUGGGCGAUUCUGCACCCUGUAGAGAA